CUGCUUGUUCCAGUCCCCCUCCCCCAGCCGGCCAGCCCCAUCCAAUCCGCGGCGAGUCUUCUCCCCCCCCCCCCCCCCCCCCCCCCCCCCCCUCCAUCCGCGCCCAAGAUUUGCUCCGGCCGGCGGCCGCCAUGUGCUGCCUCGACGACGACUGCUGCUGCUGCUGCGCCGGCUGCUACGACUCCUUCUGCGACCGGUGCUGCCCCUGCGUCUCCUACGACACGCGCGAGACCAUCUUCGGCUGCUGCGUCUGCCUCCUCCUCCUCGGCGCCGUCGCCCUCCUCGCCGUGCUCCUCGCCGCCUACGGCUUCAUCCGCCACCCGGAGGUCGCCGUCGAGGCCGCCUCGCUGACCAGGUUCGCGCUGCUCACCUCCCCGGCCACCGCGCUCGCCUACAACCUCUCGCUCACGCUCACCGUCCGCAACCGGAACUGGGCCAUGAGCGUCAAGAACACCAAGCCGCUCGAGGCCGGCUACAGCUUCGACGGGCAGAGGUUCGACCGCGUCACGCUCGCCGGCGAGGGGGACGUGCACCCGGCGCGGGCGACGCGGGUGUACCACCUCGAUUCCGGCGCCGCCGGCGCGUUCGUGGCGCUCGGGAACGCCGGCGUCGCCGAGUUCGGCAGGGAGAACGCGACGGGGCUGUUCGAGGUGGAGGUGGCGCUCGCCGGCGAGGUCAGGUACCAGGCGCACUUCACCAAGUGCAAGCUGGCCGCGACGUGCCCGCUCAAGCUGCAGCUCGCGCCGCCCGGGACGCCGGCCGUCGUGUUCCAGAAGGUCAAGUGCAAGCUCGCCAAGCCCGACAAGAACUGCUAGCUGGCGAGGUCCGCGGCGAUUGGACUGGUUGAUUUGUUACAUCUUUGGAGAAAUCAGCAAGUGGUUUCUCUGAAUUUUGUUGAAUUUGCGGAAACGCAUUGAUUCGAAGCUACUAAUCCGUGAAAUGGUGGUAAAAAUGGUUACAUCGGACACUGUAUUACGCUGUAGUAUUUUUCGUUUGUUUGUGGUAAUUGUUGUCCUAUCAUGAUUUAACUAGGCUCAAAAGAAUUGUCUCGUCGUGUA